AGAAGACUGGGAGCGCAGCAGGAGAGACUGUCACACAGGAGCCGAGCAGCAACGCAUCCGAACAUCUCAUCCUUUACACCAAAGCCCGUUUUUAUUUCAUGCGUGGUCUUUAUAUAAAUAUAUUCUACCAUUUUCGGAAUUUGUUGCGCGUUAUAUGAGAAACACGGCUUCAUCCUCACCGAUUAUCCGCCAGAAGCAUAUCGGAAAUAUCCAAGGAGUUGUUCCUCCCGGAGCGCAAGGCUUGCAUCGUGGCUCUUUCAGAAGUGGCAUGUUCGAGGGAUACUGCGGACACAAUUGAACUCCUGCUUUCACCCAAAGAGGAUUCAAUGAAAAUGUCCGUGUGUGUCCAUGAGAACCGGAAAUCCCGAGCCAGCACUGGCUCGAUGAACAUCUACCUGUUCCACAAGUCCUCCUAUGCCGACAGUGUGCUCAUGCACCUGAACUCGCUUCGGCAGCAACGGCUUUUCACGGACGUCCUGCUUCAUGCAGGUAGCCGCUCCUUCCCCUGCCACCGUGCUGUGCUGGCUGCCUGCAGCCGCUACUUUGAGGCCAUGUUCAGCGGCGGGCUGAGAGAGAGCCAGGCCAGCGAGGUCGACUUCCGUGACUCCAUUCACCCGGAGGUUUUAGAGCUCCUGCUGGAUUACGCAUACUCAUCACGUGUGGUCAUCAACGAAGAAAAUGCAGAGUCACUAUUGGAGGCUGGGGACAUGCUAGAGUUUCAGGACAUCCGGGAUGCAUGUGCUGAGUUCCUAGAGAGAAACCUGCACCCGUCUAACUGUCUUGGCAUGCUGCAGCUGUCUGAUGCUCACCAGUGCACCAAGCUGUCAGAGCUCUCCUGGGGAAUGUGCCUCAGCAACUUUCCCACUAUUUGCAAGACAGAAGACUUCCUCCAACUGUCCAAAGAUAUGGUGGUGCAGCUUUUGUCACAUGAGGAGCUAGAGACAGAAGAUGAGAGACUGGUUUAUGAGGCUGCCCUUAACUGGAUCAACUAUGACUUGGAAAAGAGGCACUGCUACCUUCCAGAGCUCCUGAGAACAGUCCGUCUGGCCCUGCUGCCUGCCAUUUUCCUCAUGGAGAACGUUUCUACAGAAGAGCUGAUCAACGCCCAGCCCAAGAGCAAGGAGCUAGUAGAUGAAGCUAUCCGCUGUAAGCUGAAGAUCCUGCAGAACGAUGGCGUAGUUAACAGCCCGUGUGCUCGACCAAGAAAGACCAGCCAUGCCCUCUUUCUUUUGGGAGGGCAGACUUUCAUGUGUGACAAGUUGUACCUAGUGGACCAGAAAGCCAAAGAGAUCAUCCCCAAGGCUGACAUCCCCAGCCCCAGGAAGGAGUUCAGCGCCUGCGCCAUUGGCUGUAAGGUGUACAUCACUGGUGGGAGAGGCUCAGAGAAUGGUGUGUCCAAAGAUGUGUGGGUCUACGACACUGUCCACGAGGAAUGGUCGAAGGCGGCACCCAUGCUCAUUGCCAGGUUUGGCCACGGCUCUGCAGAGCUGAAACACUGCCUCUACGUGGUAGGUGGUCACACGGCAGCAACUGGCUGUCUUCCGGCCUCUCCAUCUGUAUCACUGAAACAGGUGGAGCAGUUCGACCCAGUGGCAAACAAGUGGACAAUGGUGGCUCCUUUGAGAGAGGGUGUGAGCAACGCAGCGGUGGUCAGUGUCAAGCUCAAGCUUUUUGCAUUUGGAGGAACCAGCGUCACCCAUGACAAGCUGCCCAAGGUGCAGUGCUACGAUCCGCAGGAGAACCGAUGGUCUGUGCCCGCAUCCUGCCCACAGCCGUGGCGCUACACAGCCGCUGCCGUGCUUGGAAACCAGAUCUUUGUCAUGGGCGGGGAUACAGAGUUCUCAGCAUGCUCGGCGUAUAAAUUCAGCAGUGAUACCUACCAAUGGACUAAAGUGGGCGACGUGACGGCCAAGCGCAUGAGCUGCCAGGCUGUGGCGUCGGGGAACAAACUGUAUGUGGUGGGUGGGUACUUUGGCACACAGAGGUGUAAAACUCUGGACUGCUAUGACCCCACGCUGGAUGCUUGGAACAGCAUCACUACUGUGCCAUACUCGCUUAUUCCCACUGCUUUCGUCAGCACCUGGAAACAUCUGCCUGCUUGAGCCCCAAAACCCUCUACCUACACCCUUUCCAUGAGAUUUCCCUGUUUUGCAUCAUCUACUGGACUCCAACUGUGAAGAAGCAAACAUUAUCUUCCUCUAAAAGAGAAACUGAGCAGUGAUGUACAGCCACCCGCAUUCAUCUUGAUGUUGCAAAGAUGCAGAAACUGGACAAAAAGCUGGACACUUUUACUGGAACUAUGUCGUCCCUCAUUCCCGCGAAGCUAAGGCAUUCAGCACAGUAGUUCACGCAAACAAACCAAACAAACUGCUGCUUGUUAUAUGAGGCACAAACCACCACCUUGUGUAUAUCUGGCGUAUCAGGCUUGUGCUUUCAUGCUGCCGUAUGAGGACUGCAAAAAUAUCACACAACCUGCAUUUUUCCUAUUUAGUCACGGCAGGCUUUUUCUCCAUGAUAAAAAAGAAGAAAAAAAUAAACUAUUUUCAUCGAGGCUGCAAUGUUUAGCAUGAUGGAUGUUCUACUUAGAUUGAGGGAGAAUGCAAUGAUUGGUGUGCUAAAGAACUCAGUUCGACUGAAUACAGCUGACUUAUAAAAGGCACAAUGAAGGAGCAAAUCUCCCCCUUCUCUCCUCUAAUAAGCUCUUUUGUUUAACCCCUUGUAUCUUUUCUUUUUCCUUCUUUCAAAGACGUGCUUCUAACCUUUUAAGUGUGUCUCUUACGAAGGCUUUGGCAGUUUGCUGUCACUGCAAGCCACGAGGUGUUGAUGACCAACACCAGCUGAGGUCGAGGAGGAUUGAGGGGAUCUGUGCGUGGCCGAGGGGAGGGGUGAGGCGCCCCGGGGUCACGACCUUACACGUUUGCUGUUUCGCAGCUAAGCAUUAAUGCCCACUGAGCGCUGGUUAACUAACCUAUUCAGUGAUUUGGCGCUUCAGAAAGAACACUUUCACAUUCAGCCGUACACUUAAUGCAGUAAAAGACCGGCUGUGCUUCUGUUAUUCUGAUAAAAGCAGUUGCUCGCUUGCUGAGUCAUAGCUGAACCCUUUGUAGAGCAUGUCCACUCAUAGUGAUUCAGUAAAACUGGCAUGAACUCUUUCUGUGGUCACAGAAAUCUUGUCACCUUAAAUCUAAAACUGAGAAUGAAUCAGUUUCUUUUUUUAAACUUGCUGCAAUGUAGUCUUAAUUUAUAUGACAAUGAUUACUCUGUUAAUAUGUUUAAUCCUAUUUAUUUCUUCUCUGCCUGCAUUCUUUUGUGAAUGUAUGUUCGGGUUAUGUCAUGCAUGGCCAGGUGUUGUGCUUUAUUUGAUCUCAGUUGGGCCGCAUUUUGCACAAUUCAGUCUUUCCCAGGAGGAACUUGUUCUUUUAAAAGUAAAAAGAGUAUGGAUGGGAGACGAAGAAUGGCUCGGAUUACUGAUGGUGUGACGCAGCUUAGUUUAGUUUAGGCCACAGAGCCGCUGCCCAAAUAAGAAGACUGAAUGGGGUUGAAAGAAAUGUUCACUUUUACUUCUGAUAGGUUCUCUUGGAGCGCUCACCUGGGGCCGAACCUGUCUUAAAUCGUCCCGUCGGGGGACACAAACUGUACCAACUAACAAGAAGGCCAUAAGACCUGGAACAGUGCAGUAUGUGACCCAGUAGCCUUGACAUGGUUGAGCAUGUGACAGUCCUCCAGCUGUCUCAAGGACAACUGGAGGACUGUCACAUGUGCUAACUUGGCUCUUCGGGGUGUUAACCCACAGUCUUCUUCACCAUUAGGUUGAGAAAGAGUUGAAACCAGGAAGCUGUGCAUUGAUAAGGGCAGACACCGCAGUGCUUUUCACCAUAGUGUCAAUAAUGCACAUAAAGAAAAGUAAAAAAAUAACAUUGCAAGUUCCUAAAGACCAAAAAGAGAGAAUGUCUUAAACACUUGCAUAUGUAAUACUUGUAACUCGAAUCAGUGUUUUUGUCUGUAUGUCUGUCUAUAAGUGACCUGGACAUUGACGUUUUACAAUUGAAUAUUAAUGGGAUCAUUGAAUUCAAUGUAAAAGGUUAUGUUCUAUAUUCCUUAUUCUUUGGAAUCCUUCCUUGUGGAUUCAUGACACAAAUCAAAUCUGUGGGGAUCAACUGGUAAACAGCUCUGCUCAGCUCCUUAAGCCACCGAAUAGUUCAUCCUCUUAUUGGCAAUUUCAGGAUUUCAAUGGAGACCCUCGGGGCUCCAUAAUGUUGACCUCCUCCAACCACUGAGCAUAGGGCCUCUUGGCCCCACCAAUCAGAUAGGAGCAUUGCUUUCCCAUAGAGCGCAAGUUUCCCUGGCAACAGCAAGUAAUGAAUGCUCCUUCAAUUUGCACCUAAUUGCCGAGUGGCACUUCCCAUUUCUACUCUUGCCCUCCGUUUAUCCUCCGUUUUAUCUGGAAAUCCAGCUGGCUCAGAUUGGAGCACAGUAUCUUGCUUCGCAUAAUGAUGUAAAAUUAGACAGAAAACACUGUCGAUGUGCAUCAGUUUCAUUUUUUCUGUCAUGUAAGAGUUUGAUUUCUAUUUUUUAUGGCAUUAUUUUGUACAUGUGAUUUUUUUCACAAUGUGAAAUUCAUGGCUAAUAAACAUAAGAGUUUUUUCCUCUUGACUGUAAA